AUGGAAGAAACCUCUCUUCCAUCCGAGCAGGAGGUUGCAGAUUCAGAGACUAUUGUCUCUCCACAAAGCAAAACGGGCAAAGCCCCUAAAGCUGGAGAGAAAGCAUCAGAAGAGGCCCUUAUGUCAUGGAAGGAAAAUGGGUUCUCUAGCCUAAUAAUUGCUGCUCCAGAUACAGAUGCUUGGAGCUUAGUUAAGGAUCUCCUGCCACUUCUAUCAUAUUCGGCACCAUUUGCUAUCUACCACCAGUAUCUUCAGCCUCUUGCAACAUGCAUGCACAAUUUACAGCAAGGGAAAAUGGCAAUUGGUUUGCAAAUUUCAGAACCUUGGCUACGUGAAUAUCAGACUCAGACUCAGAACCAGAAUUUAUUUUCUUCUUCAAAUAAUCCAACGACCGCAAAUCGAAUUCUUCCUUCCUCUUUCCGAAAACCUCAUCAGCCGCCUCUCCCUCCUCCUCCUCCUCCUCCUCCUCCUACAACGCCUACUCCUGCUGCUACCAAUGAAACUCUUCUCGGCUUUCAAUUCCACAGUUCUAACACGCAUUCUGCUUUUCGAGAAGUCCCGUUCGGGAUGAAAAUUGAAAGUGAUAAUCCCGAGUUUCCGGCCACGAGAGAUGCAAUCAUCCCUGCACAAAGCUUUAUAGCUACUGAUCCAACACUUGCUCCUCAGUCAUCUUCUGGGGGUAAGGAAAAAAAUAGAUCAAGGGUUCCGAAACGUGCCAAAUCAGUGACUCAAAGAUUGAAUGCUGAGUUUCUCAAUGCAGCUACUGGUUGUCGAUAUGACAGUUCUUUAGGCUUGUUAACCAAGAAAUUUGUCAAGUUGAUCAAGGAGGCUCAGGAUGGGACGCUUGAUCUGAACAAAACUGCUGAAGUGUUGGAGGUCCAAAAGAGGAGGAUAUAUGAUAUUACAAAUGUUCUGGAAGGAAUAAGAUUUAUAGAGAAAACUUCAAAAAAUCAUAUACGCUGGAAGGCAUCUGAUGACUGUGAGCAAAAGAUAAUGGAUGAUCAUGCUAGAAUAAAGGCUGAAGUUGAAAGUCUAUAUACUGAAGAGUUCAGGCUUGAUGAAUCUAUAAGGAAUAGACUAGAACUUCUGAGAGGCAUGAAGGAAGAUGUGCGUUGUAGAAAGCAUCUCUUUCUAAUGGAAGAAGAUAUUACCAGCCUUUCAUGCUUCCAGAAUCAAACACUUCUUGCAAUAAAAGCUCCUGAAGCUAGUUAUCUGGAAGUUCCUGAUCCUGACGAGGAUAUUGGUUCCCCUCAAUACAAAAUGACAGUUAGAAGCACCAAUGGACCCAUUGAUGUGUUUCUCUUGAGCAAAUGCAAACAAGGCAAGGAUGUAACCAUUGAGCAUGUUGAUCCAAUGGAUACAACUGCUUGGAACAGUAGUCAAUGCAGAGAGAACGAUGCAGGGUUGCCUUCGGACUGUCAGGGUAACCAAAACAGCUGUGAGACAUUCAGCUCACUAACUUUAGAAGCAUCUGGGAUUUAUAAGUUAAUUCCUAGAACCUGCAAUAUUAUUGAUGAUUAUUGGUUCCUAACAGAUGAUUCAGUCAGCGUUUCAAAAUUGUGGUUUGAUAGUUUCUCUUAG